AUGGGGCGCCAUAGCGAGUGUGGUCGGUGGUACCGGUACAAGACGGCGACGAACGCGGUCGUUGCAUGGCUCAAGCGCUCGUCGGUUGGCAAGGCCAAGAAGGCCAAGGCGAGCGCGGGUGAGUGGACGACGCCGAUGAUCUGGGCGGCGGCCGUCAAGAUCGCGGACAAGGCGAUGCCGGUCCCAGCGAGCAUCAUGCGCCAGCUCACGCGUAGCAUCCGCCUCCGGUGGCUCUCGAGCCAAGCGGUUUCAGAGCCGGACGAGGGCCACGUGCACUUCCUCGACCUCCUUCGCGCGAUCAAGGCCAAGCUCGAGCCGUUGGUCGAGGCCCGCCAGCCGUCGCCUGCAGCGCCCGUCGUCGACGCCACGAACCUCUCCAACACGUUUGACGCGCUCUCUGUCGAUGAUGACGACGACGAUACCGACGCGCCCGACAUGCCGGCGUUUGACGUCGCAGCGUUCGUCCCGCCCGUCGAGCCGACGCGGGCCGAGGCGUCGCGCGCCAAGCUCCUCGCGCGCAUCGACGCCGAAAAGUUCCGCGCGUGGUGCUUUGUCUCGGACAUGGAUGAGCUCAUGGGCGAGGUCAAGGCCGUGUGGCGCGACUUCAAGCAGGGCAAAACGACGCUGGUCGCGGCGACCGCAGUCACCAACGCCUGUGUCAAGCUCGUCGGCACCCUCUCGAGCGAGCUCCAGGUCGAGCACCCGUAUCUCAAGACAUUGGACGAGAUCGCUGUGCUUCUUGGCGACCACGGCAUGCUCGAGCCGAUCACGCUCCAGUACAACGUGCCGCUGGAGCGCAUGGUCGAGGUCAUUGUGCUCUCGCGCUGA